GCGUUUGGCUUCGCCCGCCGCCAAGCUGCGUGUGUGUGUAUCGCGCGCGGACCGACCGACCGAGAUGGAUGCUGGCUGAUUUAGAAAUGGAGGGGUGCGGGCUUUUAAUUGUCACGCGCUGGAAUGUCUGCCUCUGCCUGCUAAGAAUAGCCAGCAGCUCUAAACACACACAAUAUCCUGGCCGGCUGCCGCUUGUCCACUUGGCCAGCCAGCCAGCCUGUUGUGUGUGUGUGUGCGUAUUUUAUUUUGAAUCGGACCCGGCUGAGAGAAGCAAAAUAGACCUGGAGCGGCCGAUGGAGCCGUCGCACUAGAAUAGACUCUUUCUCUCGCCUCCAAAAGCUCUCUCGUUUUAACCACCAGCCACUGCUGACUGGCUAUUCUCUCUCGGCGAGCCGUCCCGACACUCCGUCCGCCGUCUGUCCGUCCGCUUUUAUGAAGCUGCUGCCUUAAUAUCAGCCGUGACAUCCUUUCUUCUCUGCCGCUGGCCCGUGGGCGCUCGUUUUGGCCAUUCGAACGACCGACUGACUCAUUUCAGACACCAUGGGGUCUGAACAGCAGUUCUGCCUGAGAUGGAACAACUUCCAAAACAGCCUGCUCGCCUCGUUGCCUCAACUGCUCGACACUAACGACCUGACCGACGUGACCCUUUGCGCGGGAGGCAAGAGCAUCAGGGCGCACAGAGUUGUUCUCUCGGCAUGCAGCCAGUAUUUCAAGCAGCUAUUCAGGGAGAUGCAACCGUUCUACCACCCAGUGAUCGUGUUGCCGCAGACCAGUUACUCGGAUGUCUGUGCAUUGGUUAGCUUCAUGUACAGUGGCGAGGUCAAUAUCUACCAGGAACAACUCCCAAGUCUGCUUGCUGCUGCUGCUGCUCUGCACAUCAGAGGGCUCGCAGAAGUACCCCAUGGACAGGCGCACAAGGGCUGCGAGAAACCGGAAACAGAGCUGCACUCGCCAAAGAGGCCGCGACUGGACAAACUGGACCUCACCCCGCCGGAACAAUCGCCCCUUAGCAACCCGCUCAACACCAGCACACCCCUGAAACCCGCACUUGAUUUGAGUCCAGAAAGAUACGCCACUAAAACAGAGCCUUCCGAGCCGUCUUCUACUGAAUCCCACCCGUUGGACACCAAUUGCUCCCAUGACGAACCCUUGGCACUAAGCGCGGACAACAACAAUCAUCACGGACCUCUGACUUCGGACGAAUCACCAGGUAGUGACACGGACUUGCAGGAGCGACUUUUGCAGGCUGUCCAGCAAGGCUUGAGUCCCACUUUGCCGCUCAACUUUUUGCAAAGCGGGCCUCUCUUCUCGCCGUUCAACACGAUGUCGCGCAACAAGCUCUUUGCCACUUGCCACAUCUGCGGAAAGUCGCUGUCCAAUCAGUACAACCUCAGAGUCCACCUGGAGACGCAUCAGAACCUCAACUAUUCCUGCAGUCUUUGCUCCCAUGUGUCCAGGUCUAGAGACGCUUUAAGAAAGCACAUCGCGUACAAACACACCGAGGGCAAGUACUCAACGCGGAUCAAAAACACUUCCAGCUCGCUGUCUUCGAGUCCCGAAGAGGACAAGGUGGCGACGGCCAACGCGGCCACCUGAAGCCCCCCGCCGAUUCCUGGCGAGUGGUGGUUUGCCGAAAUUCCCGCCCCCACCCCCGAACCCCUAGCAAAAUUCGAGUAUUUUUUCGCGGAAUCAUCACACCUCAGGUGCCUUGCUAGGAUUUUGCAGAGUUUCUAUUCGAUUCACUCGAAUUUUUAAUUUUAUUGUGAGCCAAUCGUGGGUUGAGUUACCAAUUUUUUGAACGCGGCCGUCGCCGUCCGCACCAAAGGUCGGCCGACGUGUCCGUUUUACUCUUUAAGUUACCAUUUUUAUGUGACAUUACAGCAAUCGAAAGUUACCAUUUUCGAAUUACCAUAUGAGAUAAUGUACAUAUAUUUAUACUUGAGAGGCGACAAGCCUCUCGAUUGAUCUAGUUUCUAGUUAAUUUAUUUGGAAUGUUGCAGCAUUCAGUAUGGUGUGCCAAUUUUUACAAGUAGUGAUUUUUUGGUCUUUUUCAUGCUAGUUUUUGAGUGCCAUUCGUCAACCAAAACGAAGUGAGAUCAAGAAGAGAUAUUCAGUAUUUUGUGCUGACAAUGAAAUUAUUUGACGCUCCUCCAAGCUUUCAUAUCAGAUAUGAAUUGAAAAUUCUAUAUCACUCCGUAGGGUAUUACUAAAAAGAAGAAAAACAUAUAUGAAAAAUCUAUUUAAAAAUGGUAAUAGAAUGAUACUAUUUAUAUAGACGAAGAAAAUAUAGAAUCUGCUUACAUGGGAAAUGGCGAGGCACAAAAUGCUGUGGAAUAUGCGUGAUAACUUUGUAAAAAUUUAUAAAAGACAUUUUAUUUUUCAACGCGCGACGCGUUUGCGAGAGACGAGCUGUAGCUGUCUUGAAAAUGCUUUAAAGCAUGUUUUACCUAGGAUUGAAGACGACACGAAAAAUGUGUAAAGUUUUACCCGUCGAGGUUUGAAUGCGAUUGACGAUUUUUCAACGAGUUACCAUUCGAUGAAGCGAGUGAGAGAAAGAGUAGUUACCAAUUCUCUAGUUUAUAAGGCCACUCUAGUGCGUAGUGAUUUUUUAAGUCUCACUCUUUCACGAGGACGACAAUGUGUUUUGCUCGAUUACCCUUAUUUUACCAUUCCAUUUCAUAAUUUCGUUGUUAUUUGAUUAAUAUUUAUUUCUUGGAAUAUGCUUAAAAUGUUGUCGCUCGGCUCAGUACUUGUAGCAACGUUUUGCCAACUUAGCACAAUGAAUGAAUUUCAAUAGUAAUCUUAGAGCCCAACUCGAUCAAUUGCUCAAAAUAGGAAAGACAACAGCCACGCGAACUUAACUAAAAUAAGUGAUUUAAGGAAUGUAAACAAAAAAACAGCACACACCUCUACACGUAACUAAGUAAUGUCUAUAACGUUUGAGUUUUUGAGUUUUCAUCCCGUGUAUCCACUGAGAUUCCUAUUUUUGCACUUUUGUGUUCCCCCCAUUCAUUGAUGAUAACGAAAAUCGCGAAACAAAAACACACUCAGUACCUAACUGUGAUAAGACGAAUCUAAUAAAUGACACGCAAAUGUUUGCAAAUCGAUUAAUCAACUAAAAAAGCGGAGAGAAAAAACCCUGUGCCUGUUUAGCUCAAUUUUUAAACCCUGCAAUUCACAUACACACAACGUCUAAAAACGCGAAAAAUGCACAGUCAUCACGUUUGCAAAUGCGAUGCCCACACUGAAAUUUAUUCUUAUCGGUUCCCGAACAAAAACCACUGGAUUGAAGAGGUUUUGGUUUUAAACCCAAAUUAUUUGUAAGAUCGGUAUACUUAUUAUUUGACUGUGUUUUUUAGAUAAUAGUUACCAUCCUUUUUGUGAGUUUUCGUAAUGUUAUUUUCCCUUUUUAAUCGAUGUAAGGAUUUUAUUUUACAAUAAAACCAAAUUUGAAGAAAA